UGGAUGGAUGGGCGCCGUGUCCGCGGCACUCGCGGCCAGCUCAGCCCCAGGAGUAAACACGGGGCUUCUCCGGCCGAGUGCGCAGUGUGGUGACCGGCAUUCGCCUCGCUGACUGAUCGCACCGGAGGGAUAUUUCGCGAGACUCCAGUGGGAAGCAGCCACGGAAAGAUAGAAGAUGAAAGUUCCUAUUCCCAACUUGAUUCUCUUGUAUGCUACUCUAACUCAGAGCUUGAAGGUUGUGACCAAAAGGGGAUCAGCUGAUGGAUGCACUGACUGGUCUGUGGAUUACAAGAAAUAUCAAGUACUAGUGGGAGAACCUGUUCGUAUAAAGUGUGCGCUCUUUUAUGGAUACAUUAGAGCUAAUUACUCCCUAGCCCAAAGUGCUGGACUUAGUUUGAUGUGGUACAGAAGCUCUGGACCUGGAGAUUUUGAGGAACCUAUAGCUUUUGAUGGAACUAGAAUGAGCAAAGAAGAAGACUCCAUUUGGUUCCGACCAACAGUGUUACAAGACAGCGGACUCUAUGCAUGUGUUAUAAGAAACUCAACUUACUGUAUGAAAGUGUCCAUUUCGCUGACAGUGGGUGAAAAUGACACGGGACUCUGCUACAAUUCAAAGAUGAAAUAUUUUGAAAAAGCCGAACUUAGCAAAAGCAAGGAAAUCUCAUGCCCUGAAAUUGAGGAUUUUUUAUUUCCAUUUAGGGAGCCUGAAAUUCUGUGGUAUAAGGAAUGCAAAUCAAAGACGUGGAGAUCAAGUAUUGUUUUUAAAAAGGACACUCUUGUCAUUCGGGAAGUUAGAGAGGAUGACAUUGGAAAUUACACUUGUGAGUUAAAAUAUGGAUUCUUUGUUGUCAGAAGAACUACGGAAUUAACAGUUACAGCGCCACUAACAGAUAAACCACCAAAGCUUUUACACCCCUUGGAGAGUAAGCUAACAAUUCAGGAGACCCAGAUAGGUGUUUCUGCAAAUCUAACCUGCCGAGCUUUCUUUGGGUAUAGUGGAGAUGUCAGUCCUUUAAUCUAUUGGAUGAAAGGGGAGAAGUUUAUUGAAGAUUUGGAUGAUAGUCGAGUCUGGGAAAGUGACAUCAGGGUUCUCAAGGAACAUCUUGGGGAACAGGAGGUUUCCAUCUCAUUGAUUCUUGACUCUGUGGAAGAAGCAGAUCUGGGGAAUUACUCAUGCUACGUCGAGAAUGGGAAUGGACGCCGGCAUGCCAGUAUUCUUCUACAUAAAAGGGAGCUGAUGUACACAGUUGAGCUUGCUGGUGGGCUUGGUGCUAUUCUGCUGCUGCUUGUUUGUUUAGUGACUAUCUACAAGUGUUACAAGAUAGAGAUUAUGCUCUUCUACAGGAACCAUUUUGGAGCUGAAGAACUAGAUGGAGACAACAAAGACUAUGAUGCAUAUCUGUCUUAUACCAAAGUGGAUCCUGACCAAUGGAAUCAAGAAACUGGAGAAGAAGAAAGAUUUGCUCUUGAAAUCCUACCAGAUAUGCUUGAAAAACAUUAUGGGUACAAGUUGUUCAUACCAGACAGAGAUUUGAUUCCCACAGGAACCUACAUUGAAGACGUGGCAAGAUGUGUAGACCAAAGCAAGCGUCUGAUCAUCGUCAUGACUCCAAAUUAUGUGGUAAGAAGAGGCUGGAGCAUCUUUGAGCUGGAAACGAGGCUUCGAAACAUGUUGAUCACAGGCGAAAUCAAAGUGAUACUGAUUGAAUGCAGUGAACUACGAGGAGUUAUGAACUACCAGGAGGUUGAGGCCCUGAAACAUACCAUAAAGCUCCUCACUGUCAUUAAAUGGCAUGGACCAAAAUGCAACAAGUUGAAUUCCAAGUUCUGGAAACGUUUACAGUAUGAAAUGCCUUUUAAGAGGAUUGAACCCAUCACAAACGAGCAGGUGUUAGAUGUCAGUGAGCAGGGGCCCUUUGGGGAACUGCAGACCGUCUCUGCAAUUUCCAUGGCUGCUGCCACCUCCACUGCUCUUGCCACUGCCCAUCCAGAUUUGCGCUCCACCUUUCAUAACACAUAUCAUUCGCAGAUGCGCCAGAAACACUAUUAUCGAAGCUAUGAAUACGAUGUACCUCCUACCGGCACCCUGCCCCUUACCUCAAUAGGUAACCAGCACACCUACUGCAACAUCCCCAUGACACUUAUAAACGGGCAGCGGCCACAGACAAAAACUAACAGGGAGCAGAAUCCGGAAGAGGCUCACACAAACAGUGCGAUCCUGCCCCUCUUGCCUCGGGAGACCAGUAUAUCAAGUGUCAUUUGGUGACCGAAAUGCAAGGGGCCAUCAACCCCCUUGAGUAGAAGCUGACUCUGCAGUCCGGUGCCUGGAACUACAUCCUCGACUGCUGCUGUUAAACAUGCAUUACAAUCGAUAACAUACGAGGAAAAACAGGGUCUUGUACAUAUGUUUUUUGCAAUUUCUUUGUAGCAUCAGUCUUCCUGUUCUACCCAUGUCUCUUCCCAUUCACAUUUUUGACUUUGUUUUAUAUGUCACUGGAAUUUGUAUAUUUACAUUUUUUUAAAUGAAUAGACUGCUGUAUAGAUAGGAAACUUUUUUGCUUCAUUAGUAUAGUUUUAGACUUCUUGUUUGUUUGGUUUUAACCUCUCUUUGGAAUGCUUGGACAAAGCUAUGUUGAUAUCAGAAACACAAUCCAUUUUGUUAGCCUGCCUAGCCUGAUUCCUGAAGGCCAUGCCUGCUGCAGUUCAUGUCUUUUGGAGAAUAUUUGUUCCUGGAAGGAUCCCAUCCCUCACUGAGAGCUCCAGUUUCAUUUCUACUCCCAUAAUGUGCACUGCUCUUUCCCUGCCCUUACAACAACCCUCCCUUUGGGGUAACACUACAGUUUGAUCAUGUAACAUGUAACUUGGUAGAUACCUGUCAAAAAACAGAAUAUACCCAACCUGUUAUUGGUUGCUUCAUGGUAGUCACUACAGAGUGUG